AUGCCGGUGAGGAGAAAACACAUACCAACGAAGGAAGACUUCCAAAAGUGGGAACACCUACAAGACUUGCCGUUACCUCAAGUUGAAGGAGAAAUCGGCUUGCUUAUCGGAAACGCGGUAGCGGACGCCUUCACGCCGUACGAGACCAUUACCGGUCCACGGGGUAGCCCCCAUGCCGUGAGAACCGCCAUAGGCUGGAUCGUCUGGAAUGUCGUCCGUCACAAUGGAAGCGAAAUCAGUAGCAGAAGACCAGUCAAUAGAGCAGAGCUUGCAGCAAUACAAGACAUGGAACAGGUCGGAAGAAUGAUGGCGAGGACGCUCGUGUACGACUUCCCGGAGCAGUUUGACGAGGACCGGCUUGAACCAAGCCAAGAAGACAAGCUGUUCAUUAAGUUGACUUCCGAGACAACACGUUUUCACGAGGGUCACUACGAGGUUGGACUUCCGAUAAGGGAUGAUGGAAGGAAGCUCCCCGACAACAGGAACCCAACCAUGAACCGAUUACAAGGGCUGCGGAAAAAGCUGAAGGGAAACCCAAAGUUCUACAAGGACUACAAGAACUUCAUGACGGAUAUGAUGGAAAAAGGCUACGCGGAAACCCCGGAUGAAGUUAUGAGUCGAAAGGAUGGACGGGUGUGGUACAUCCCACAUCACGGCGUGUACCACCCCAAGAAGCCUGACAAGAUCCGCGUAGUCUUCGACUGCUCAUCAAAAUUCUUUGGCGUCUGUUUAAACGACAUACUACUGCAAGGACCUGAUCUAGCGAACAGCCUCGUCGGCGUACUUCUGAGAUUCCAUCAAGACCCAGUAGCCUUCAUGGCGGACAUAAAAGCCAUUUCCACCAGGUCAGAGUUUCCACCAGCGACAGGGACUACCUCCGAUUUUACUGGUGGCCUAACGGAGAUGUGGAGAAAGAACCUGCGGAGUACAGAAUGA